AUGCUGUUGUUACAACUGGUGUUGUUCACGGUUCUUGUUCCAGAUGUUGACAGUGACAAUGACUCCCCGGAGCCGAUCUCUUUUCGAACCAUCCUGACAACAUCUUUUUACAACCGUUCCUGGACAGAGAAUCAGGGCUCAAUUUGGCUGGAUGAGCUGCAGACUCAUGGCUGGGACAGCAAGACUGGAGCUUUCAUUUUCCUGCGGCCUUGGUCCAAGGGCAAUUUCAGCACUGAGGAGCUGGUGGAAUGUGGAAAGUCAUUUCACACAUUCUCCGUCAGAUUUCCUCUGGUGUUUCAGGACCAUGUCAGUCAAUGGGAGCUCGAAUAUCUCUUCCAGGUACAGAUGGCUAAAGGCUGUGAACUGUACAACAGGGAACCAUCAGUAGGCUUCAUGAAUAUUGCAUAUCAAGAAUCAGAUCUUGUGAGCUUCCAGAACAUGUCAUGGUGGCCAUCUCCAAAGGGAGGAAGGAGGGCUCAGCAGGUCUGCACACUAUUCAGUCAGUACCAUGUGGUCAACUUAAGGAUACAAGUAAAUAUUAAUAACAUCUGCCCUCGUUUCCUCUUGGGUCUUCUUGACGCAGGGAAGGCAGAUCUGCAGCGACAAGUGAGGCCAGAGGCCUGGCUGUCCCGUGGCCCCAGCCCUGGUCCCGGUUGUCUGCUGCUGGUGUGCCACGUCUCCGGCUUCUACCCAAAGCCAGUGUGGGUGAUGUGGAUGCGGGGUGAGCAGAAGCAACAGGGUGCCCAGCAAGGUGACAUCCUGCCCCAUGCAGACGGGACAUGAUAUCUUCAGACGUUCUUGGAUGUGGAAGCCAAGGAGACAGCUGGCCUGUCUUGCCAAGUGAGACACAGCAGUCUAGGAGGCCAGGACAUGGUCCUCUACUGGAAGCAGCACCGCCCCAUGGGAUUGGUCUUCCUGGUAGUGAUGGUGCCCCUGGUGCUUCUAGCAGGUCUUGCAUUGUGGCUCUGGAAGCGCUGGUAA